AUGAAUCAUACUGUGGGGGUGCGUCCUCCCCCUCCUGGAGUCUCCCCGGACUUCCAUUCGCAACCGUGGCUACUUAGUGCCAACCGUAUUGCAGUAGGUGUUGGGUCAACGUUGUCUACUCUCUUGCUCAUCAUGCGAAUUUAUACAAAAGCAUGUAUUAUGGGCAAGUUUUGGUGGGAUGAUGAUGGCUACGCCCACUCCAGCUUCGCGAUCCAUAUUUGGGACAUCCCUCUAUCGGAUCUUGUCGCCUAUAGGAAGACCGUCCUCGCCCUGGCAGUCAUAUAUCUCCCGGCGCUCGCAUUCGCCAAGCUGGCCGUCCUUAUGCUUUACUAUCGCCUGCUUCAAUCCGUUCCUGUGUGGCGAUACAUUCUCUACUCUAUUGCCGCUGCAAUCUCCACAUAUAGCACCGCGCUGGUUUUCGCGCUUAUUUUCGCUUGCCAUCCCAUCCCGGCUGGAUGGAGCCUGUCAAAUCCUAGCGCCUGCAUCCAUCGGACAGGUCUUCAUCUAGGAACAGCGAUAGCGAAUACAGCAAGUGAUGUGGUCUUAAUCAUGAUACCUAUCAAGGUUAUGUGGGGAAUGCAUCUACCGCUGCUGCAAAAGAUCGGGGCAUUGAUUAUAUUUGGGAUUGGGUGUCUGUUCAGUCAUUGA